GGUCAGAGCUGCAAGCUGACAAAGAGAGCUCUGACUCAGCAUAUAGACUCACUUCAGAACAUCAAGUCUGCACUCAGCUGAGCACCCCUUAUCCUCUUCUCUCCCCUCCGGUAGCCAUGACUUUCCUGUCCGUCUUCACGCCUGUCCUGGCGGUGGUGCUGUGCUUGGUGAUAGGCUUCAUGCUGGUGGUGAGGUCACGGGAGACGGAGACCACCUCGACUUCCCCAACCGCCCCGGGAAAAACUGAAGGGGCAUCAAAAGUGGACUUUAGACCGUGGGUGGACCAGGACUUACAGGAUGAUACAGAUAUCACGGCAAAAGAGAACGAGGAUGGCGAUUGGGUGGACAGCAAUGAGGCGGAAGCCGUUCCACAAGUGCCCUACUCAACGCCACGUUACCCCGUGGAGACGAUGCUGGAGAGAGCCAAGGAUAUGUACACGCUGAUGAACCAGCGGAGGACUGUCCGAUUCAUCAGCCCAGAGCCGGUCCCACGAGAAGUCAUCAAUAAUGUCAUCCGCACUGCAGGUACGGCCCCUAGUGGAGCACACACAGAGCCGUGGACGUUUGUCGUGGUGACAGACCCAGAGAUGAAGCACCAGAUCAGACGGAUAGUCGAAGAAGAGGAGGAGGUCAACUACCGUCAGAGGAUGGGGGACAAGUGGCUCCAUGAUUUGGCCAAAUUUAGAACAAACUGGGUCAAGGAGUACUUGGAUGUUGCUCCAUAUCUAAUCCUCACCUUCAAACAGACCUAUGGGAUGCUACCAAACGGCAAGAAAAAGAUACAUUACUACAAUGAAAUCAGUCUCUCCAUAUCCUGUGGACUCCUGUUGGCUGCUUUACAGAACGUGGGUCUCGUCACCGUCACAUCGACGCCCCUAAACUGCGGCCCCCAGCUCAGGCUCCUCCUCAAACGGCCCCCCAAUGAGAAGCUGGUGAUGUUACUUCCUGUUGGUUAUCCUGCUUCUGACGCCACAGUGCCUGACUUGAAACGCAAGCCUCUGGAUGAUAUUAUGGUGCACAUAUAACAGAAUCAAUCUGCAGAGAACAGAUUUUUUGUUCUUCAUCAUCUUCUUUACCCGCAGCUGAAAAAUCAACAAAACAUAAUACCUAAUGUGAUUAGAAAUGUUUUAAUUGGGCUUGGGGUCUUACAAACAAGCUAAAGCUAACAAUAAACCUAUAUGUAUAGAAGGAACAGAGAGUAAAGCGCCGUUGAAACUAUGUUCAUUUGUGUAACUCAUCAGAUACACAAACAUAAAUGGAUCAAUCUCCUCGUAGACAUAAACCCCUGAUUGACAAGCAUAGUUUAAUAUGCCUUUACUUUUAUUUUGAAGGCCAAAUAGCCCUACUGUUUAAAUCUGCUAUGUGCAGUGGACAGUCAAUGAAUAUAAAAAUAAACAGCCAAUCCUACAACUACUAUUUGGUCCAAACAUCUAAUGAGGUAAUUCAGUAAUUCAUUUUUUUUUUUUUUUUUAUCAUAAUAACAUAUUUUACAGUCCAUUUUUGCUCUUAAUCCUAAUCAUUUUAACACACCGGUAUGGUUUACAGAAACCGGUGUAUAAACCUUGUACAUCAUUAUAUGGGAUAAGAUCUCACUGUGAUAUAAUGGCCUCUGGUACAAAUGUUAAAUCAGUCAAACAAGCCACAAGGUCAACACGGUUGAUACCAAGCAAACGAUCUAGAUGGUUUCCAUGCACUGCUGCCAAGAAUAAAAUCCAAUCUGUUUUCAGUUGUUUGCUCUGGGGUAGCUUGUGUUAUUUGUUUUUGUAACUAUAAUUGAGCUGACUAGAUCAAGAAAUGUAAUGUCCUUGGGCAUUAAAUGAUGAGU